GGACAUUGACGGGUAAGUCUAUAGAUCUAGCGAAGAUUUUCCAGAAAAGAAAGGUAAAUAUAGCUUGUGUUCAGGAGACUAGGUGGGUAAGAUCGAAGGCGAGGAAUGCCUACGGGUAUAAGUUGUGGUACUCCCGAGGCGUGAAAGGCAAGAACGGAGUGGGUAUUUUGGUGGAUAGGGAGCUUAGAGAGUCAGUGGUAGAGGCUAGGCGUGUGAGUGAUAGAUUGAUGGCGAUUAAGUUAGUAGUUGGACGAAGCACUCUGAAUGUCAUUAGCGCUUACGCGCCGCAAGUGGGCUUGGACGAGGAGGUUAAAAGGCGAUUUUGGGAGGAGUUGGAUGAGGUGGUGCGGGGUACUCCGCCUACGGAGAAGUUAUUUAUAGGAGGGAAUUUCAAUGGGCAUAUUGGGUCGUCUGCUAGUGGCUAUGGUGAGGUACACGGCGGCUUCGGCUGUGGGGUUAGGAACGGAGGAGGCACUUCACUGUUGGAUUUUGCUAGAGCUUUUGAGUUGGUGAUCGUGAACUCUAUUUUUUCGAAGAAGGAGGAGCAUUUGAUUACUUUCCGGAGUAUGGUGGCUAAGAUUCAUAUUGAUUAUCUUCUCCUCAGGAGGUGUGAUAAGGGGUUGUGCGAGGAUUGUAAGGUGAUCCCGAGUGAGAACCUCGCGACACAGCAUAGACUCUUGGUGAUAGACAUCGGUAUCUUGAUAAAGAGGAAGAAGAGGUUUGUACGGGGUCAACUAAGGAUCAGGUGGGGAGCCUUGACUAAGGAUACUGCGUUGGAGUUGGAGGGGAAGUUGGCGACGAUCUGA